AUGUCGUCAUAUAAGCACGUAAACAAUAUUCACAAUAUGAAUGACACAGAUAACAUCAUCGAAUCUUUACUCCUAGCCAUUCAGCUCCAGUUAUCUGUCUUACAUGCCAAUCAAGAACAAAUUAAGAUGGAUAUUAACAGCCUUGGAAAUGAAAUAAUGAUCAAAGAAUCUCCAAAGCAAAAUCUCUCUUUGUUUAUUAAUAUUUCACCUGAUGUCAUCAAAAUUGGGCAUCCAUUGCAAGAGUCAGUCAUCUCUGGAAAGGCUGUCAAAGGAGGCAAUUUGCAAUUAUGUCUUAUCCAAUAA